CUCCGCCCACGUGGUGCAGCUCCUCGGCCAUCUUUGUGCGGGGCUCCGCUUUCGUCCGCGCAGCAGCCGGGACUCCGCAGUUGGGUGGCAGGCGAUGGAGCUGGGGGUGUCCUCCCAGCUUUGGUUGUGGCUGCUUUUGCUACUCUUGUCCCCGGUGCCGGGCCGCGAGAAGGAGUCAGGUUCAAAAUGGAAAGUAUUUAUUGACCAAAUUAACAGGGCUUUGGAGAAUUACGAACCAUGUUCAAGUCCAAACUGCAGCUGUUACCACGGUGUCAUAGAAGAGGAUCUAACUCCUUUCCGAGGCGGUAUCUCCAGGAAGAUGAUGGCAGAGGUAGUCAGACGGAAGCUAGGGACCCACUAUCAGAUAAUUAAGAACAGAUUAUACCGGGAAAGUGACUGCAUGUUCCCCUCAAGGUGUAGUGGUGUUGAACACUUUAUUUUGGAAGUUAUUGGGCGCCUCCCUGACAUGGAGAUGGUGAUCAAUGUGCGAGAUUAUCCUCAGGUUCCUAAAUGGAUGGAGCCUGCCAUUCCAAUCUUCUCCUUCAGUAAGACAUCAGAGUACCAUGAUAUCAUGUAUCCUGCUUGGACAUUUUGGGAAGGAGGACCUGCUGUUUGGCCAAUAUAUCCUAUGGGUCUUGGACGGUGGGACCUCUUCAGGGAAGAUCUGGUAAGGUCAGCUGCACAGUGGCCAUGGAAAAAGAAAAAUUCCACAGCAUAUUUCCGAGGAUCAAGGACAAGUCCAGAACGAGAUCCUCUCAUUCUUCUAUCUCGGAAAAACCCAAAACUUGUUGAUGCAGAGUACACCAAAAACCAGGCCUGGAAAUCUAUGAAAGAUACCUUGGGAAAGCCAGCUGCUAAGGAUGUCCAUCUUGUGGAUCAUUGCAAAUACAAGUAUUUGUUUAAUUUUCGGGGUGUUGCUGCAAGUUUCCGGUUCAAACACCUCUUUCUGUGUGGUUCACUUGUUUUCCAUGUUGGUGACGAGUGGCUGGAAUUCUUCUACCCACAGCUGAAGCCAUGGGUUCACUACAUCCCAGUAAAAACAGACCUCUCCAACGUCCAGGAGCUGUUGCAGUUUGUAAAAGCAAAUGAUGAUGUAGCUCAAGAAAUUGCUGAAAGGGGAAGCCAGUUUAUUCUGAACCACUUAAAGAUGGAUGACAUCACCUGUUACUGGGAGAACCUGUUGACCGAAUACUCUAAAUUCCUGUCCUAUAAUGUAACAAGAAGGAAAGGCUACGAUCAGAUUGUUCCCAAAAUUUUGAAAACUGAACUCUAGUAGUCAUGAUUGGGCCAUAGUCCUCUCUAUGGCAUCAGACCUCAGAUAUCCUACGGUGAGAAGCUUGCUGUGAAUGUGACACCUAUGCCUUGGAUACUGUUACCAAGUCAGACAUCUGGUUUUCCUUAUCAUGCUGUACCAGGAGCAACUUUGGAGAAAGAUCCAAAUUGUGUGUAAUACAAUUAGGAAGUCACUCAACAUCUUUGCUAAAGAAGGACCAGAAAUCGUGAGAUGUGGGUUUUGAACCUGAUUCUGCCUUUCAUCUUCUUAGGACCAAUCACAGCUUGUGCCUCAGAUCAUCCAUAUGUGUAUGUCCACACUGUGAAACUGACUAUGUCCAUGGGGUGAUGCCCUUUUUCUCAUUCUGUUGAGUAGAAAGGCACUCAUAUGAAACUCGUACAACUCAUUACCACAGUUCUGCAGUUACUCUACACUUGAUCUCUGUCGCUGUAUUUUAAUGUAGAAAACCCUUUAGGGUUUGUAAAGAAUACUUGGGGAUUAUUUUCUGAAAGGUCUAAGGAAGCAGUAGUGUGCCAUGCAACAAUGUAGGAGCUUUCUUUUGUAAAAGCGUAAACUCUUUGGUACUCAGGAGGUUUCUAUAAAGCCAUGUAGAAAGGGGCCAAUUGCAUGAGUAGUCAUUGCAAUUGGAUUUCAGCUUCCCUUUUUGUGCCUUCGCAUCCUUUAUGUUCUCUUUCAAAAAAGAGUGAUUGAAAACCUCUUGAUAAAUUUAGGAAAUAGUCCUUACUCUUUAAAGGAAUUUUGCAUAAAACAGCAACUCUUCCUCAUUCUUCACACACCCUUAAUAUUUUUCCUCCUUGAGUUGGCAGUAGCCCACGCUUGCAGGGAUCUCAAGGAGUCUUCAUGUGUGAAAUGGCGUCAAGUUGGGAGUUUAGAGCAUUCACCUUUAGCACUUACUUACACAGGAAAUGCCUGUUUUAGUGCCCAUCGUGUUGAAGUGCUUCCUUUUUCCUUUUUGAAAAAGACAUUUGGAUAGUAGUUUAAUCUCAGGAUUAAAGUACUUAGUCAAAAAUGAAGAAAAACUGUUAGAUUAAAACCCAUGUAGUUCAAUGACUCAGAACCAUCCUUGUUCUUUAGGCCCAAAAUUUCCACUGAGAAAUCAACUCUUUUUCCUUUGCCUUUUAAGAAUUGUUUGGUAUUAACUGGUUCCAAAAUUAGUAAAUGUGAGAUUCGGUUAUAUAAAA